CAUCCAGCGAGGCAGACAGAGAAAUCCACCAAACCCUAAACCAACAAGGAGAGGAGAGAAGCGGAGCGGAUCCGGCGAUGGGUUUCCCCUUGACCCCGUUCCAGACGGAGAAGGAGGAGGCGCCGAUCCUCAAGGUCAAGGUGAAGAAGGCCAAGCCGGAGGUCAAGGCCAAGGUGGAGUUGAGGACCCUCACCACGGCGGAGGAGGAGGCGCUCAUCAAGUUCGUGGCGCUGCUGGAGAAGGAGGAGGACUUCCUCGACGCCAAGGCGGAGAAGGAGGCGGGGUGUGGCUCCAAGAGGAAGCCGGAGUUGGAGCGGGACGAGGAGGGGGCAGCGUUCGUGGCGUGGAUCGAGUCCACGAAGCCACCGACAGACCAAGUGGAAUACUCGGAUGGGGAUGUGUCGGACGGCUACGACGACGCGGAAGCCAACAUCGGCAGGGUCAUGUCGCGGUAUGAGCGCCACGUUCAGGCCAACAACGCUCGCUGGCCUUUCUUAAUUGCUGGGGCCCAAAUCAAAUCCCCUGAAGAUGCUGAGCAAUGAUAAGAUGAUGAAACUCAUCCGUGCUCCAAGAACCUGACUGGAAAUUUCCUACUGCCUUCAAGGUCUACUGUGCCGCGUUAUAUGUGUAGUACAACCAUACCCUAGUAGUACUAGAUCCUAACAUUAUUAUUGUUUGGAGACCGAGCACGUAGCCUCAAAAUCAGAUAAAGAUGUCUCCGACAAAGAUAUGUUGUU